AUCCGCGCGCUUCUAGUUGCCGGGGCAACGGCGUUCUUUAAGGCCGCGGGCUUGGGACCGCUGCAUCUUUGGUCUCCGCAGAGGCGGUGGUGGCGGGAAAGACCCGUCCCCUUCGAGGGGAAGUGAAUGACACUUGGAUGUCAGAGGUGCUAGUUAGUGCCUAGACGUCCAACCUUCGUCCCCACCGGGAAGGUGAGGGGACGCACGGACCUCGGGCAGAGGAUGUCGAUGGAUAUUAUAAAGGGAAGCCUAGAUGGAAUUUCAAAACCAGCCUCAAGUUCAAGAUCACGUCCUGGGAGCAGAAGUUCAAAUGCUUCUCUGGAGGUGCUCUCGCCAGAACCAGGAGCCUUCAAGAUUGACACGGUAAGCAAGUUGAAUUUCAGUAAGGAGGACCACUCAUCAAACAGUAGUGGGGAAGAAAGAAGAUGUAGUCAUGAUGGCAGGUGGGCAGACUACUAUGAGAGCACAAAAUCAGCCAAACAGGGCUCAGAUGAAGACCCAGACUUGGCUCAACAGAAGGCCUCCAAGCAUCCAGAUGAUCCCAAAUUAGAAGGGCCAGAUGCUCAGCUUCAAAAUGCUAUUCGUAAGAUGCACAGACUGGAUAAGAUACUGGCCAAAAGACGAUGUAGAGAAAAAAAAGUUAAAAAGCAAGGUGAAGAAAUGCGGACUAAGCUGUGGGAAGAACUCAAGUCUGCAAAAAAGGCUGAAGACUUGGAAAAUGACGAGGAGUUGGAAAACGCAACAGAGUUUUUGUAUAUGGCUUCAAAAUCUGCAGAAACAGCUGUAGAGCCUUGUGAGUUUGAAGACAAAUUUUUCUCAGUGUUUCAUACUCAGAUUCCUCCAGAAAAUUAUGAAAAAUUCUUGCAGAAUAUCAAGAAGGAUCUUACCUGUGAUGUGGGAAAAAAUGAGACAUUGAUCGAAACAGAAAAGAAACCUUUUUCAAACACAGAAAGGAUUGAGCUCAGGAGCAAACUCAGCCAGGAUUUUAUUAAGCGAAACAUUGAGUUGGCCAAGAGUUCCAGAAGCCCAGUGUUUAUGAUUGACAGAGAGAAGAAAAGGCUGGAUGAACUCCUGAAAGGUCUGGACAAUACAGAUGCAGGACUGUCCAGUUCUGAGGGUGAACCAUGUGGUUGGCUGGACCCUGGAGAAGGCUAUACCCUUGCAGCCACUGAGUCUCAGAAGCUGGCUCAGAUUGAUACAAAACUGCAGGAAUUCUCUGUGGUCUCACCAACUGUCUUCAGCCUCUCUCCAAGACUUGAGAGUCAGAGCAAUAAGGAACCUGACUCCGAUGAAGAAAGAGAUAUGGAACCAACUCCAGGGGAACAGAUACUCCGGGACAGCAAGGAGCAAAGGGACCAGCAGUCUCGGCUGAGAGCCAUCGAUGGGAAGCUUAGGGACAUCAAUGAGCAGUUAAACUCCACAGUACGUCUCUCUGAGGAGCAGCUGAAGUGUCUUCUGGAGGAGUGUGUAUCCCAACAGAAAUGCAUCCCUCUUGGCCUUCCUUCUGAAAGAGAAAAUGAAGGUGUUGAUGCAUCACUUGGGCCUCCACAGCUUUGCCCACCCACCCUCUGUGGGUUACUAGAUGAGUCUGAAGCCAAUGCCCAGAAAACCCAGCUAGGUGAUGCAAAUAGGCUCGAGAACGAGGGAUGUGGACCUGCUGUAGACUCCUAUCUCACCAAAGCCUUGGCUGGGCACUAUAAGCCAGAAGCUCUCAUCAUUGAAGUGGAGGCGAUGAAAGGCCUCCAGUUCCCCCACGAGGGGGCUUUCAACGAUGCGGCAGACUAUUUCAUGUCAAAGACCGUUGGAAUCGGGAGACUGAAAAAGCCCCCGUUCUUGGAUGAUCCCAUGAAUGACAUCAAUGUGAACUCUUCCUCAGAUGACCAACAGCUGAAACUCAGCCAUCCAGAGGAACCAGCAGUAGCAGAUGAGUAGGAGACUGGAGAUGCUGUGGAUGAAGCACAGGAAUGUGAAGCAUGACUCUCUGGGGUUUAAGCUUAAGAAAGUUGGAAAUCAAGUUACAUUAUAUAUUUUUUUCCUGAAUUCUUUGUAUUUAAUGAAUGCACCAUAGAGACUAUUCCUCAAAGAUUUCAACAUUUGAAUUCCUUCUUUGCUGAGUACAUUCCUUUGAUAUUUUUGAAAUUUGGGGUGUAAAUGUUUGCUGGUUUUUAUUCACUGAAAUUCCUGAGAAAAUUGUUUACAAAUGUAUCACAAUGUUGGAAUCUCAAGGAUACUUGAUAAAAGCCAGCAUUGUAACACACACACACACACACACACACACACACAGUGUUAAGUCUAGUGGGCAGGUGCUUAUUGCUUUCAGUUUGAUCCUAUUGGGGGUAGUGCCAGGCAUUGAAUUUAGGGCAUUUUGUGCAUUGGAAGCAAAUACUCUGUCACUAAAUCGUAUCUCCAGCCCACUGCAUUGGGCUUUAUGUGUUUCAACUUCCUAUGAUUUAGGUGGAAUGGGCCACCAUGGCUUUUUGUUCUGCCUCAUUUUCCCUUCUCUGUGCCCAUCUAAUGUUUGUCAAAUAACUCCAGCUCAUCUUGGAAAGAAAUGAAUUCCCACGCCUAAGGAAAGUCAGCAGGGCCUGGUCUCUUGUUAGUGGUGAUGCCCUUUCUUCCUUUCUUCUUCUUUUUUAAACUUAUUUAUUUGUAUUUAAUGUACAUUGGUAUUUUGCCUGAAUGUAUGUUUGUGUGAGGGAGUUGGAUCCCCUAGAACUGGGGUUACAGACAGGUGUGAGCUUCCAUGUGGGUGCUGGGAAUUGGACCCAGCUCCUCUGGAAGAGCAGCCAGUGCUUAGAACUGCUGAACCAUAUGAUACCUUCCUGAAGUGUCAAUGUGAUGGAUUUUUUUUAUUACUCUCAGUUUGUCAUGUUCUUCUGGAAUGUAGUCCUUUAAACAUGCAGGAAAUAAAGGUGAACCUUA